AUGACGAAUGCGGACGUCGAAAACGUGUCCGUCAACGGUGUUUUGGCGCUGGAGACCAAAAUCAUCACUCAGGUUGAAUACUAUUUCGGCGAUUUCAACCUGCCCCGCGACAAGUUCCUGCAGGAAAAGCUGAAGGAAGACGACGGCUGGGUUACCUUAGAUACACUGCUGACUUUCAACAGGCUCAAAAGCCUCACGACCGAGUCGGACGUCGUAGCAACAGCGCUUCUAAAGUCAACCAGCCAGCUGUUGGAGGUUAGCGAUGACGGCACCAAGAUCCGUCGCAGUCCUGCCAAGCCCGCGCCGGAGAGAAACAAGGAACAGCAGUAGAAACUGAACGAGCUGAGCGUCUACGCCAAGGGCUUCCCGUCAAUGGCCACCUUAGACGACCUGCUGGAGUUCUUCGGACGCUUCGGCAAGUGUAUCAACGUCUUUAUGAGACGCUACCCGGAGACUCGCAUCUUCAAGGGUUCCGUGUUCGCCACCUUCACCACGAAAGAAGAGGCCGACGCGUUCCUCGCCCAGGAGGACGUCAAGUACAACGAGCUCGAACUGAUGCGCUCCCCCAAGACUGAGUACAUGGCGCGCAAGAAGCAGGAACACCAGGCCACUGUCGGAGAGAAGGCUAAGAAGAAAGCCGCCAACGAGGAAGCCUCGGCUGAAGGAGGAGCUAGAGACGGAGGAGGAGGUGGAGACGCUGCCGCCGCCGAGAACGGUGAGGCCCCCGAUAUCGUGCUCGGCUGCAUCCUGCGCGUCAAGGGUCUCGGCGAACAGACUACCUGGGAGAACCUCAAGGAAGCCUUCGCGCCGUACGCCAAGGUCGCGUUCGUCGACUACACCAGAGGGCAGCCCGAAGCCAUGCUGCGUUUCGCGGACGAAGGCUCGGCGCAAGCAGUCCUCGCCAAACUGGGAGCCCAGGAAGAGCCCCUCAAGAUCAACAACAACGAGGUGACAGUGGAGGCUGUUGAAGGCGACGACGAAGUCUAGUCAGGAAGAGGCUGA